CGCAGAUUGUUUGGUAGUCAGCAGUUGAUGUGAAGCUGUCAUAGAUUAAAGGCAUAUCUGUUGAAAGAAAUGCCUUCUAUGUGAUUAACGUUGAUUUUCUUUUUGCGUUUUUUAUUAUCGACGUAUAUUUUACCUGUUUAAUGUUAAUUUAAUUUAAUUGGCUCGCGAGCAGAACCGGCGCAGAAGUGUUACAUUGUAUCAGACGCGUGACGCGCCCUGUCAAUCAAAUGUUGCUACAAUGUUGCGCUUCGUCACUGUUGUAAAUACAUUCCAAUAGGGAUUCAAUUAACAUGAUUGAUAAUUUAUUGAUAAAGACCGCUCAUCUGGAAUAUUAGCAGGAGGCAUUGUGAGUUUGACAGUCUGUUUCGCAAUACGCCGCUACACUGAUUUGCUGUUAUAUUGUUUUUGUUUGCAUCAAAAAACUGUUGGAUUGCAUGCACAAUUUUGGUGUUUUAUUUUAAAAUACCACCAUGCUGCGAUGGAUUCUGGGCGGUCGGGAGGCACAGGGGACAGUAGAGAAGAGCGCGGCGCUGUUCAUUGGGGAGGAACAGCCCAAAAACUGUUUCACGGAGAUGCAGGUGCUGAAAGGACACUUUGACAUUGUUCGAUUUCUGGUGCAGAUUGAUGACUUAAGGUUUGCAUCGGCAGGUGAUGAUGGCUUGGUACUCAUUUGGAAUGUUGAGACGGGUGAUUGUUUGUUGGAGUUGCGUGGUCAUACGCAGCAGAUCACUGCGAUGACAUCAUACACCCUCAUCAGAGGCGGAAACGCACACACUGCAAUUAUUACUGCAUCAUCAGACCGCACACUCAGUUUAUGGGAUCCAGACACAGGAAACAGAGUUCAGAAUGUGUCUGAUCUACAGUCCUCUGUGAAGUGUUUGCUGGUGUUGGAUCGUUUGAACUUGUGGCUCUCAGGUGGAAAUGAAAUGUGUGUGUGGAAUAGAGACUUUGAGCUGCAGUGUAAAACUGUUCAUCACAGCGAUGGAGGUAUCUCGGCCAUGGUGGAAUUACCGAAGAACUUCAUUGCAGCUGCCAUGGAUAAAGAGAUUGUGAUAUUUAAAUUGAAUGUAUCCGGGUCAGAUACUGCUGUUAUGGCCAUACGACAUCUAGCUGACCAUCAGGACACCAUCCGAUCUCUUAUCAACAUUAAUGAUAAGUUGUUUGCGAGUGGCUCUUAUAUCGGUGAGCUCAUCCUCUGGGAUUCUGUGGAUUGGACGAUCCAGGCUUAUGAGCUCAUUUUGUGGGAGGAGCCAGCGGGAGAUGGCCAAUCAGAGGUCAGACUGACUCACCAAAAACAGAUUGAGAGGUCCAUUCAACACAUGAGCUCAGAUGGAGAGAUAAUUGUGGCAGCUGUAGGCAGUGGUCUGUAUGUUUAUAAUGUGCCAAUGAAGAGUGUAGUGGCAUACAGGAAGAUCGCUCAUGAUUCUGAUAUCUUACAAACCAUGCUGCAGGAAGAUGGGCAUUUAAUGUCAUGCUCUGAGGACGGGAGUGUGAGGAUGUGGGAGUUGCAGGACCUCCCUUUACCUGCUGAACCCGCCUCCUCAGGGUUUUUUGGGAUGUUUGGCACCUUCGGUAGGUCUAGUAAACAGAGUGGCCCUCCUGCCAAGAAACUCCCAGAGGUCCCUGGUCUGCGCUCACUGGAACUGACGGGUGAUCUGAUUGGUCACUCUGGAGCUGUGCAGAUGUUUCUGAGUUUCAAGGAGAAGGGUCUGGUCACCUGCUCCACAGAUCACCUGGUCAUCGUGUGGAAAGAUGGAGAGUUGCAGUCGCAGCUGCGCAGUCUCGCCCUCUUCCAGAAGCUGGAGGACAAUCAGGGACUAUGAAAAUUCAUUCCCAGGCCUGGGAUCAUUUUCUGUGUCCUAAAAGCAUAAUUUAAGGCAUGCAAGUACAGUUUAAAUGUUGAACACUUUUCUUUGCCAUACUGACUCUUUGCAAAGCCUGACAUUGUUUUAUAUUCAUAGUCAUAAUGUGCUUUAAAACAUUUAUAAUGCCGUAAAAUGGAUGUUAUGAUUUUUCUUGUUUUAUGAAUGGCUGUUAAAUCAGUGUCUUACUGUAAUUUUUUAAAACCUGUUAAUUUGUAUAUACUAGGUGAUUUAUGUGGUAUGAGAAUAUUUUGACGUGUUGUUUAUCUUUAAAACAGAAUGUUUGAUUGCACAUGUAACUUGAAUACCUCUUGAAUGUAUGCUUUUGUAUUCUUUCGUAGCACUUUACAAUAAGUUACUAUAUGUUAAUAUUAGGCAAUGCAUUAAGGGGUCAUGUAUUAACAAUGAGCAACAUUUUUACAGCAUUAAUCUUGGUUCAUGUUUAUUUAGAAAUAUACUAUUGUUCUUUUUUAAUCUUAAUUCAUUAACAUAUACAACUUUUGAAAAUGUGUUAGUGUAUGUGAAGUAAAUAUAAUGCAAGAUUAAUAAAUGCGGUAAAAGUAUUGUUUAUUGUUAGUUUGUCAACGUAUACAAUUUUGUUUUAAAGUAUAACAUUUUCUAUUAGCAAAACUGCAGUUGAUUUAUGCUUGGUGUGUACAUGUAAAUUCAGAUCAAAAAUACUUUAUUGCAAAAAAAAUGUAUCUCACAAACAAUGGUUUCAAAGUUGGAGUGACAUCUCCAAAUAACAGUAGCUGGAGAGAAAAUCGAACAUCAGUACAGCAAAUUUUAUCCAACAUAGAAUCUUUUGUACAACUGACAAUAAAGUAAAAGUAUUCGAAAGACAAAACCAAACUGUAGAAUGGUAUGUGAUCAUUUUUUCUCUCAGUAAAGUUUAAUUAAAAAUAGUUUAUAUACAUUUGUGCAGGGGAUAAUGCUGUAUUGUGCAUUCCCCAUAACUAUACUUCAAAAAUACAGUAAUUGGCACAGAAUCUGCAUCCAUUCAUCCAUUAAUGCAGUUUACACUCGCUAAUCAAACCUGUCCAUGUCUAAUUCAGUUCUCAGAGCAUGACCCAUCCCUAAUUAUGUCAUCAUGAGGUCAUAAUGGCAUGCCAGCAGGAGAGCCCUUAGAUAGUGAGGGAGAAGAAUGAAUCUGAAAAUAAUAACCAACACAACAUUUAAAUAUGACCAGGGACUGUUAUACCUCUAUUAUGAGACAGAUAAUAAAAUCAUCAUAGAAACAAAACAUCUCUCUCUCUACAGUAAACAUAUACUGUGUGUGUGUGUGUGUGUAUAUAUAUACACAUACACACUAACGGCCAAAAGUUGAUGAUACAGAUUUUGCUCUUAUGGAAAUAAAUUGGUACUUUUAUUCACCAAAGUGGCAUUCAACUGAUCACAAUGUAUAGUCAGGAUUUGAAAAAACUGAAACUACUUCAAAGAGUUCUCAUCAAAAAUCCUCCACGUGCAGCAUUGACAGCUUUGCAGAUCCUUGGUAUUCUAGCUGUCAGUUUGUCCAGAUACUCAGGUGACAUUUCACCCCACACUUCCUGUAGCACUUGCCAUAGAUGUGGCUGUCUUGUCGGGCACUUCUCACGCACCUUACAGUCUAGCUGAUCCCACAAAAGCUCAAUGGGGUUAAGAUCCAUAACACUCUUUUCCAAUUAUCUGUUGUUCAAUGUCUGUGUUUCUUUGCCCACUCUAACCUUUUCUUUUUGUUUUUCUGUUUCAAAAGUGGCUUUUUCUUUGCAAUUCUUCCCAUAAGGCCUGCACCCCUGAGUCUUCUCUUUACUGUUGUACAUGAAACUGGUGUUGAGCGGGUAGAAUUCAAUGAAGCUGUCAGCUGAGGACAUGUGAGGCAUCUGUUUCUCAAACUAGAGACUCUGAUGUACUUAUCCUCUUGUUUAGUUGUACAUCUGGCCUUCCACAUCUCUUUCUGUCCUUGUUAGCGUCAGUUGUCCUUUGUCUUUGAAGACUGUAGUGUACACCUUUGUAUGAAAUCUUCAGUUUUUUGGCAAUUUCAAGCAUUGUAUAGCCAUCAUUCCUCAAAACAAUGAUUGACUGACAAGUUUCUAGAGAAAGCUGUUUCUUUUUUUGCCAUUUUUGACCUAAUAUUGACCUUAAGACAUGCCAGUCUAUUGCAUACUGUGGCAACUCAAAAACAAAGACAAUGUUAAGCUUCAUUUAACGAACCAAAUAGCUUUCAACUGUGUUUGAUAUAAUGGCAAGUGAUUUUAUAGUACAAAAUGAGCAAUUUAGCAUGAUUACUCAAGGAUAAGGUGUUGGAUUGAUGGCUGCUGGAAAUGGGGCCUGUCUAGAUUUGAUCAAAAAUUACUUUUUUCAAAUAGUGAUGGUGCUGUUUUUUUUUUUUACAACAAUAAUGUCCUGACUAUACUUUGUGAUAAGUUGAAUGCCACUUUGGUGAAAUAAAGAACCAAUUUCCUUCCAAAACGUCAAAAUCUGUACAUUAUUCCAAACUUUUGGCCGCCUGUGUGUGUGUGUGUGUGUGUGUGUGUGUGUGUGUAUAUAUAUAUAUAUAUAUAUAUAUAUAUAUAUAUAUAUAUA